AUGCACAAUCCUCUCAACGGACGUACGUGUGGCGUCUGCCUCAUAGAAUUGAACCUAAACGAAGGUGCCAUCAAAUCGAUUGCCAUUAGGACGCAGUUGGAGCUGUCGCAUUUGGCAAUUUUAUGCACAUCCUCGGUUAUAGUGCUUAACAUGGAGGACUUGCAAAACGUCUUGUGGAAAAGCGUUUUCGAUGUGAUGCAACUUGAUCUAGCGCAGUCACAAAAUUCCCAAGGUGAAACAAUGCUCAUACGGGUUCGAAAGUUACUCUUCUUGCAUGGUGAAGGCCAAUGUCAGUUGUUCUGCUCUGACGCUGGCGUCCCGAAUAUGAUAGAUCUGACAGUUGAAAAGUCGAUUGAGUUCCCAAAACAGCAAAGCAAUUCGGCAUGGUACGCUCCGUGUGUUCGAACAGUUUGGAGCGUCACAGGCAGCCGACCCUUCAUCAGCUUCAACACAUCGGACGACGCCCCCAGCACCUCCAUAACCUCUCUUCUUUACGCCCAAGCGAAACGGGCACUUCUCAAGUCACUCAGGAGCCCCAUCAAAGAUGCCAUCGAAGUGGCGUUCAGAGAUAAACAAGGUGAACCAAUCACACCGCGUGGUGGUGAUUGUUCAAACAUCCAAGGCACGGUAUUCAAUUGGAUUCACGGGCUUGCUGACCAAAGACGCCAUGUGAUAUGCGGAAGUGCCGUGGUCACAAAUGACCAGUGUUGGUUGGCCAUGACAGACAGCCUUGGGAGGGUGCAAUUGCUCGAUUUGCGCAAGAAACGAGUUGUUCGCAUGUGGAAAGGUUACCGAGACGCUGAACUCGCUUUCGUAGACGCUUGCGAGUUCAAUCUACCCACAUCACAGCCUCAUGUCCAAUCCAUACCGCGUCGCACUCACUGUCUGUGUAUCCACGCUCCUGAACGCCGGAUAUUGGAGGUGUGGCGACUAGUGCAUGGUCCCCGUUUGGCCAUUUGGGAUGUGAGGGAACCGGUCCGUCUUGUGCAAGUCCCCACACAACGACUGGUAUUAAGUCCACAGGGUCAAAACUUUGCCUCACCAUCAUACCAAGCCAUACUCUUGGACACUAACGGUGUGGUGUACACAGUGGGCGUCAGUCCAGAUUUGUGCUUCGCCUGCACGGAUGCGGAAGCUGUCGUGGGGUACCAGGAAUAUCAGUUGAUGCAAGAAUGCAAUGCCUGCUUAACCCAAUCUUACUCAGAGGAUCCGGGAGUUAUCCGUUCUCGAUUGGUGACCCUCUUUGGAAAGUUUCAGACAUCUGUUUGGUUUGAGAAAACCCUGAUGCACGCUAUUCACCAUUUGAGCCGGAAGCCUUAUCUGGUCUCAGACCUACUGCAAGACUGUGUCUCCCUCACUUCAGGGAGGGGCACUAUUCCUGACGAACCAGAUUUCAAAGUGUCCGGAUUUGAACGUUUGCACUCAGUUUGCAUCGGAAUUCUUUCCCUCACCCAAUGUUACCUGAAGUUUUCUACUCUCAUCAACGACUCGGUUUCAUAUGCGGACGAUGUUAUCGGCUCUGGACCGACUAAUGUUGUCUGGACGGAUGAACUAGAGACGAUUGCUGAUUUGCUUAACUGGGAUUUGGAGGAGGCCAGUCGUUGUUUUAAGCUGUACGCUUUUUGCAACUCUACUUUGAAAUCUGGUACCCAUUUAAAACUCUCCCGGCCGAUGGAUUUGCAUGGUUUUGUGGAUUGUUUCCAUUUCCUCACAAACACGUCGUCCGAUUCUGCCAGCAGUUCGCCCACUCUACAUGUCAGAGUUCGCUUCGGUUCGGACGACUCUUCCAUUCAGCUGGCCAAGAUAGGCUCACUUAUUUUUGGUUGCUACCUCCUCGGAUACCAGUCGUUCGAGGCUUUGCAGGAAGAACUUCCUUCCGACGUACUUACCCCUGAUCUACUUUUGUAUGCGCUGACAGCAUUCGUCUUGUACUGGGAAGUGUACCGUGAAUUACCCACAAUUAUUCGAAGGUUGCAUCGCAUUUACGCGCACCUGCUCCAUCUGUUCUGUCGUGCAUGCGAUGAUUCUCUAUCGGAGGGAGCGUCGACUAACGGAUUCUCGGCUGAGGAUUCCAGCGCUCUACAGCAGACAACACUGGAAAACCUUGUUACCAAGUUGUACAACUAUUGCCUCGACACUCAUCAUUUGUCCUCUGCUUACCUGGUCAGCCUCAUCACACGUUCUCUCGUUUAUGUGAUGUGGCAAGCAAGGGAACAAGGCUCCGCCGUGGUAUCAGCUUUGUGCCACCUCACAAAGGUACCGGGUUUCUGCAGAUCCCCAUUGGAUUUGGACUCGGGUAACGAAGAACGUGGACCUCCACACGAAACUACCUCUGAGUUGUCAAAAGUUUCUACAGAGUGGCAACCAUCCUCUGUAUCUUCUGAGCCCUCGUCUCUAGUAAACCAUCUGUCUCUUAAUAUGCUCAGCAAGCUUGUCGAUCAGUGGCAUGAUACUUGCGCUCGAAUCGAGGGAUUGUUUUGUUUGGGACUAUUGGUUCAGUUGCCUGCAACCGAACGUAUGCCAGCGCAGAUCACUCAUGAGCAGCCAACCCUCAGCGGUUUUCCACUCUCAUUGGGGCGAGCUCUGAAGCUCGGCAGAGCCUGUCUGAACGAGUUAUUUGCUUCGUGGCUUAUGCGAUGGCAAGUCGGACCGGACCAGUUGGUCACUUUAUACCAGAGCAUGUGUACCCUGCCCUCCACUGAUCCUCUGGAAGAACCCAACACGAAUGACGUGCAAUCCGAGAUGACCCAACCGGUCUCAAUUUCGCACGUCAGGCAAGCACUGUUACUUUUGGUCUACAAGCAAUUGCCCUUCACGCUGGAGCUGGACUGUGUUAUGGCCACUUUGUCAUGGAUGCACUAUCAGCGCUGGUUAAACGAGCCCGAGGCGCUUCGCCAUCUUCAGCAGUGUAUUGCAUUCCUCCGAAGUCUGAGCUCAGCGGGUGCAAUAACUGCACAAGGACUAGCUACAAUGAUGUGGCGAGGCCGUCUGCUGUCUUGGUACGGUCAGUGUGCAGCGGCUGUGCGUACAACACGCACCGAGUUUACUGCCUCCCCCUCCUCCUCCAUGUCAACGGACAAGCUGAAAUACGUUUCGGUUUUGCUAAUGAAUUUUAUGAACGUCUACCUACACGCGUGUCAAAAGGCGGAGGUGGUUCCUGUGCUUUCCGCUGAGAGAGCAUGGUGCCAGUUGUCAACAAACGAAUGCGCGAUGCAACAAGAAUUUGCUGAAAUGAGUCUGGAUCAGUGGUCGGCUUGUCCGAUGGAUGACGAUCGCACCACACCGUCGUUGAAUCGGGCUCUAGUCGCUGAGUUGGCCCUCCAUCAGCCGACUCCGGAUAUUCGAUCUGUGGCUUCAUGGGAGCAAGCAACGAUUGUCGUCUCCGCACUGAACGUUUUCAGACAUGUUCGUUAUCCCAGCGGGCGCCCGCGGUCGAAUUUUUCGGACCGAAGCCAUCCCACCCAUCUGUAUGGGCCUGAAGACUUUUUCUCCCCAAAAGAUGUCGCAGCCGUCACCACAAGCCUAAAUCCCAAUUGGAUAAGCACUGACGCAGACGAAAGCUUGGACGGCCGUCGAAAAUUUUUUAUUACCUGGCUCACGGAAUGCGCUGUAUCAUCUUAUCACUCCACGAUUUCCCCUCACUCAAAUCAUUCCAGCGGGCAGUCUAGCCCUGAACGCCAUCGGAAGUUAUCAGCCAACACGUGGCGGUAUUGUGAUCCACUGGACCUGUACACCCUAUUCACCUCGGCUGCAAUCACUCUAGCAAAGCAUUGGGGUUUCCCUAAGGAAAUGGCUGUUACUCAGCAUGUGGUGGCUCUGUUCGAAUCCGGCCUUGACGAACAAGCAGAGCUCUAUCUGGGCCAGCUAACCGACUUGUCCGGCUUGGCCACUCAUCUUCUCCUCAUUCUUGGUCGUCGCGUGGCAUGGCUAGCCUUUGCUUCCGAGUCACCGACAUCCGAGCAGCUACGCUGGCGUGCCUGCAUUCCGUUCGGACUGGAGUCCUGGCUUCGCGGCUUAUUACCCGGCCCGACUGAAGAACUCCCAUUCCAAGCCUCAAUUGAUAGAUAUCCGUCCUCCAUAGACAUAAACCAUUUGGCCCACCUAGUCGAGUUCGCGCUGCAGCACAUUCCAGCCCAAGCGAGUCAAGUUCGGAUAGCUGAGGAUUUGCGCGAUGCAAUAUACGCCAUGAUCGACUGA